AUGGCGUGCCUGCUCUCCAAGCCGGCCGAGGAGGUGAUCGCGGCGCAGAGCAAGGUGCUGGUGGUGCCCUGGCCGCCGAAGCUCGCCAUCAAUGCGCUCCCGUGGAUGCCCUUUGUCGACGGCACCGUCAUUGCCGAUCAAGCUCUCAGCAGGUAUGCGGCGGGCAAAUUCCACAGGGUGCCCGUGCUGGUGGGGACCAACCAGAACGAGACGCUCACCUUCGCCAUGGACAUCACUUCGCCCCUGCACAACCAGAUCUACGACUGGGAGUACGAGUCGCUCAUGUACGUCCUGUUCGGCGAACAUGCCUUGGAAGUGCUGAAGCUCUACCCGCCCACGUACACGGGACAGGACUUCUACACGCUGGUGCGGAUGACGACCGAUUUCCUGUUCGUGUGCUCCACCCGCAACGCCGCCCUCUCGCUUUCGUCGUACGGCGUGCCCGUCUUCACGUACCACUUCCUCCGCUCGGCGCCCCCGCACACCGACCCCGCCAACCCGCCCUAUUGCUCCGUCAACAACUCCGUGUGCCACGCUUCGGAGCUUGUGUACGUGUUCCACUCGGCGAGCUUCUUCGCCGACGAGGGCUACGCGUUCUCGCCCGCGGAUUCGCAGCUGUCGUGGGAAAUGCUGCGCCACUGGACCACCUUCGCCCACACCCAGCCGGGGCGGAACAACAAUGCGACCGUACCCAGCGCUCUGUGGACGCCCUUCUCCUCCAGCAACCUGGCGUCAAUGGCCUUCAACGUGCCCCAGAGCGGCCUGACCCAAGGAUUCAAUAAGCUGAACUGCGACUACUGGGACUCCAUUGGCUAUCAUUUCUGA